CAUUCAAUCUCUCCUAGACAUACAUACACACACACACACACACACAAACUGCAACAAGAGGAGAGAAACAGAAAGUCAGCCAAAAGGGCUUUAAAAAAUUUCAAAGUUUCCAUUCGCAGAAGCAAUGGGGAAACGUGGCAGGCCGAGGAAGGAAUUCAAAUGCGAGGAUGAUGCUGUGGAGCCUACUCUAGGGCAGCAACUGCCAGUGGCAGAUAAUAUGUCCAGGUGCCCGUUCAGUGACAUAUUCAACACCAGCAGUGAAGACUCCAUGGAGAAGAUCAACACUUUCCUACAGAACGUGCAGAUUUUGCUGGAAGCAGCAAGCUACCUGGAGCAAAUCGAGAAGGAAAACAAAAAGUGCGAACAUGGUUAUGCGUCAACCUUCCCUUCCAUGCCGAGCCUUGGACUGCAGGACCCAAAGCCACCACAGAGGCUGAGCCGGGCCAGGAAGCAUAGCAGCGGAGGUAGCAGUACAGGCACUGCUAACAGGUCUACGCACAACGAAUUAGAGAAGAACCGACGAGCUCACCUCCGCCUGUGUCUAGAACGUUUAAAAGUUCUGAUACCACUAGGACCAGACUGCACCAGACACACAACCCUUGGGCUCCUCAACAAAGCCAAAGCACAUAUCAAGAAACUUGAAGAGGCUGACAGGAGAAGCCAGCAUCAGCUUGAUAACUUGGAAAGAGAGCAAAGGUUCUUAAAGCGAAGACUGGAGCAGUUGCAGGGCUCUCCGGAGAUAGAACGAAUACGAAUGGACAGCACUGGAUCUACCAUUUCCUCAGAUCGCUCUGAUUCAGAGCGGGAAGAAAUCGAGGUGGAUGUGGAAAGCACAGAGUUCUCCCAUGGAGAUGUGGAUGAUAUCAGCACAACCAGUACGAGUGACAUUGAUGACCACAGCAGUUUGCAGAGUGUUGGGAGUGACGAGGGUUACUCCAGCGCUAGCGUCAAGCUCUCCUUCACUUCCUAGAGCAUGGUGCUGGGGCAGAGCUGAUGAUCUCUUUGGGGCAAUUGAAGUUCUCGCGGCAGGGCUUUAGAUACAGUGUUUUUCUUCUCCAAACCACACAUCAACAGCUAAGCUUGGAAAGAUGCAACUCUAGAACAGCUCCAUGGGCCAACAGGAGGGUGGGAAAUCCAAAAGGGAAUCAACCACUCUCCAAAACUGUCAUAGCCCCAAAUCCCGACUUAGCGCUGAAUCCAUAGCUAUUUUGAAGUCUUGAGACGUCACUCCAGUAGUCUUCAGUUGGACUGAGUUGGCUUCAGCUGGACUGCCAAUGUAUAGUGGAAGGUUUUGCUCAGAGAUUAUUUGAUUGGAAAGAGGGUCUUGGUGAUUCAGGCUCUGAUUCUUUCAUAAUUUGUCACAUUUCCUGAAAAGUGACCAUUUUUCGCCCCUUCCCCAUAUCCAGACUUAACAAACUUGUUAAGACCCUUUGUGGUGCUAUUAAAACAAAAGUCUGUCCAA